AUGAGUAAAAAGGUGGGGGCGCAGAUUAAACGAUUCCUUCAAGAGAAUGCCACAAUUCCCGAGAACAAGACCAGCGAGGAGAAGUGGUCAUCAAGCGAUGGUGGAAAUGUGUUAAGUUGGCUGGCGCAGCGAAAUCCCCAGCAGCCGUCACGAGGGGCGAUUGACUAUCUCAGCAAGGCGCGCCAGCCAGAAAAGCCACAGGCCGGGGCACAGUCUUCUCUGCCAAAGCCACGCUCACAGCAACAACGGGAGCAACAGCAGCCACAGGCGCAUGAGCAGCUCUCCACGGGGUCUGCUGAGGAGCCGGCGCAUACGCUUUCGGAAAAAUUGCUGGGGGCACAAGUCGUCCAGCAGGUGAAAGUGGGCGACAGAGUCAUCGUUUCCGGCGGUACUUUUCCCAUGGAGGGUCUGCACGAACAGCAGCAGAAGCGGCAGCAGCAACAACAACAACAAUCGACGACGGCCGCAAAGACUUACCGGGGGCGCGGUUAUCGCGAGUCAAAGGAGGAGCGACUCAAGCGGCGCUUUGAAAAGAUGGCAAAAGAGGCACAGAAGCGGCAUGAAGAGGCCCUUCGCACAGAUCCCGAAUACAAGAAAAAUUAUCAAACGUUUCAAGAGCUCCAGGCGGCGCAGCAAGAAGCGCAGGCGGGUUUUCUCGAGCGAUAUGCCCGUCAGGAGCAUUUGAACCUCAACGGUACGGUCAGUGAGCGUAUUGACAUUGCUGUUAUUCUGGACCUUAUUGAGCAACACGAUGUCAUUUUUAUUUGCACGGAUACGGGAAGUGGUAAAAGCACAUUGGUUCCCAAAGCGCUGUUGGAGCUAUCACAAAAUACACGUGUUGUUAGCACGCAGCCCCGCCGCACGGCGACCAUCUCCAUUGCGUCGAGAGUAGCCACCAUCCGACGCGAAAACGUUGGUGAGGAUGUCGGAUAUUGGAUCCGUGGGGAAAAGAGAGGCGACGAUCAGACACGGCUGUGGUACAUGACUAGCUACACGCUACUUUUGCAUUUGCUUAAUAACCCGCUGAACCCUCCAUUUACGCACAUUGUUCUCGAUGAGUUUCACGAGCGGCAGCCGGAUAUUGAGGUGACUGUGGCGUUGCUGCGUCUUUGCCUCUUGAAGAGAACGGCAAACUUUAAGCUUAUUCUUAUGAGUGCCACGCUUAACACCGCCGAUUGGGAGGAGUAUUUCACCGGGCUGAAGGUGGCAACGUACAAACAAAGCGAACCAGAGCAUCCAAUUCACGAUUAUUUUAUGGAGGAUGUCUGCGCACUGAUUGGAACGGGAUAUGAUGAACCACUGAAUUUUUUGGAUCGCAGCGUUGACUUUUCACUGCUGGAGAAGCAUAUGGCCAUUGCACAAACCCUUGUCGCGUACCUUAAUGCCUAUGCGGACCCGCAACACGCCAUAUUGGUGUUCUUGCCGGGUCGUGCGCAGGUGGAGCAGUUCCAAUUGUGGCUUGAGACAAAUAUGCCGAGACCUGUUGACAUUGUGCCAUGGCACAGUUCCGUUGACCUUUCUGUCAUUGAAGAUGCCAUCGGCCGUCGUUUGCCGUACAGCCAGAAGAUUUAUCUGGCGACAGAUAUUGCGGAAGUUUCCAUCACUUUACCGGAUGUUGUGUUUGUGAUUGAUUUGGUGUUGGUGAAGCGCCCCAAGAUUAACAAGGACGACCCAGCCACCGUGUUGCACCCCCCACUGAUGAUGCAGUGGAUUUCAAAGGGAAGUGUGGCACAAAGGCGUGGUCGCAUUGGCCGUGUACAACAAGGCUUUUACUUUUGUCUGCUUCCAUCCUCUAUUGUUGCGUCUCUCCCCGAUCAUGCAAAUCCACCCAUUGAAAACUCCCGCGUGGACGAGCUCUCUCUGCAUUGCCUACAGCUUGUUUGCAAUCCCGUGGCGAUCUUCAGUAUCUGUCACGGUCAGCCGCUUGUGGAGACCAUCACCGUCUCUAUGGAUACACUAUCGCAUUUG